AUUACUUCAUACACAGGUAAUGGUUUUGCAUACAACAUCAGAAAAUUACACGUAGAACUGGAAAUUCCUGUUUAGACUGGGGUGUACAUUUUCAUGUGUUUAUAAGUGAGUGAUUCAACAAAUCGGAAUACAAAAUAUUAAUUUUUAGCUACAGGACUGAGUUCUCAGGACUUGUUCAAAUUUGAGCUAUCCUAUACUCCUGCCACAAUGUGUAUUCAGAAUGACCAGUAGGGUGCGCUACUAACAGGAAGUAGUUAGCAUUGUGGGACAUGUAGUUCCGCUCCGAGGGCCUCAAACACUGCUGGUUGGGACUGCUAAUAAAAGAAAAACAAAACUAAAAGUUUUUACUUGAAAAAAAUCGAUAUUAAGCGCUAGUCCCAUUCGCUAUGCCCGGUUUCACCUGCUGUGUCCCUGGGUGCUACAACAACUCACAUCGGGACAAGGCGCUCCAUUUCUACACCUUCCCGAAGGACGCGGAGCUGAGAAAGCAGUGGUUGAAGAACGUCUCGCGCACCGGAGUCAACGGCUGCUUCAGCACCUUUCAACCUACAACCGGCCACCGUGUCUGCAGCGUCCACUUUCAGGGUGGCCGGAAAACGUAUAGCAUAAGGGUGCCUACUAUUUUCCCUCUUCGAGGUGUAAACGAGAAAAAGGGACGAAGAAGCAAAAAGAAAUUGGCGGUUGCUGACAACAGGACGGUUGGCUUACAGCGAAUAGAAGGCAGCCCUGCCGUUACUGUUGGAGGCUCUGGGGAGGAUUUUAAGCCAAUUGACUUGACAGUACCGGUGGACGGCAGUACAGGGCCGGGGCUGUCGGUGGUGACGGCAUCUGCGGCGAGCAGACUUGGCGUUGGGGAUAUUUCAGAGACUUUUGACCAUUCUUAUUCGUUGUCGUCAGGGACCACCUCCGACGAGCUAUUGAAAAAGCUGAACGAACAGCGAGACAUUAUCGCCUUGAUGGAGGUGAAGAUGAAGGAGAUGAAGGGGACCAUCCGGCAUCUGAAAAUCACCGAGGCCAAAUUGAAAGAGGAGGUGCGUGAGAAGGACCGGUUGUUGUCCAUGGCCGUGAUCAGAAAAAAACAUGGCAUGUGACGUUUUUGGUGGUUAAAAAAUAUGGACAACGGACACUUUAGACUUAAAACUGUAACGUUUGAGUUGCGCUUUUCUUUUGAAGGUGUGACUUAAUUUGCAUAUGCUUGGUAUGGAGGUGUCAACAGAACAGAUGGUCCCGAACAGUGAUGUCACUUUUCACAAAACGUUGCUUCCAUUUCCUUCGGCGGUUUAAGUUAAAUGCUGUUUCUUACGUUAUAAAUAUAGUAUGACUCAGACGUAAGCGUGGACGAUUACAACUGCUGUCAAAUGCAGCAGACUUAGUAUUUUCCUUUUUUUUAUUUGUGUAUGGGAGGCUUCGUUGUGCACUUCGACACCCAGUUCUUUUUUGCUAUGUGAAGUUUGCUGCACAAGUUCUGAUCCCUCAGCGUUUGGAUAUAAUUGUUCAUUUUUUUCUGUGUAAUGUUCUUACUUUGACUUGCCCAGUUAAUCCUACAGGUCCCAUCAUACUUACGGUCUACAUCAGAAUUGCAGGAACUACUUGCUGAAGUGGGCAUGGAUAAUGUACUUCUCCCAUUACACAAUUUUACAUUUUAGUUGGUUGUUAUGCUGUGCUGCAUCGUCCCACCUGCUACACUGUGUUAACGGGUUCUAGUCCAGCAACCUGAAACUUUGUAGAAGAUGCUAAGCAUAUUUGGGCAGUACAAGAAGACCUUUUUAGGGCGUAUCAAAUAGAAGACAAUUUAGUCAGGAGCGUUUUAUAUCAUUGCAACAAAAAUUGGUCAGAAUAGAGAAUAAGCACUAAAUAUUGUCGUUUAUAUGUGUAGAUUUGCUAUUUAUCACUGAAACUGUGUUAAAGGUGUGUAUUUAUUUAAUCAGCAGGAGCUGUUUUUAAGGAUGAGUCACUGUUAAUACUAGCACUCCUGUAUGGGUGUUUCUGAGUGGCACAUAAUUAAAUUUCCUUAUCUGAGACUGAAACUCUGAAGUGUUGGUGCAAAAAUGUUAAUCUUGUGCAGGUUUUUUAAAGUGGUACUUAGAUGUACUCUUUUAUUAUGGUUUGGUAAAAUCAAAUGUAACAAACUGGUUAAAAGUGGUUAUUGACUGGGACUUCAGACUCCCUGUUUACAACAUAUUUUUGUGCAUACCAGUGUUUGAAGUGGUCGCUUCCUUUGUCAGUUCAUGCUUAUUGUAUACAAUUUCUACAUUUCAUUUUUUAAUUGUGACGUUCUUGGGGUUAUACUUUUAGAUGAAUUGUACUGUGCCCUGAAGGACCUCCUAGUUAGAAGAUUUAAACAUACAGUCAUUUCAGUCAGUUCUGUGUUUUGGAUGAGCUAACUUGACAAAGACUUGCUUGUACCACUGUAAGACCAUUACAUGUGAGGAAGAACUUCCCAGAUGGAUAAGGGGUGGGGGUGACCUGGCUUGAGUAAUGCAGUGCACUGUCUCAUGCUGUCAUUUUGCUACGUCUAAGGUUUUGAGGUGUUACUGUGUAGUAAUCAAGUUGAUCUUUUGUUUGUGUCAUUUGAGGGGCAUUUGGUAUAGAGAAGCCAGUAUGGCUCUAAGGUUUUUCAUGUAUUGCUGUUUCAGUGUAGCUUGACUCUAGUGGUUUGUGGUUUUCUUUUUAUUUUUCGUAAAUGAUUGCUAACAUUUUCAGAUAACUGAAGGUUGCAUAAUUCUUGAUACGGAAGUAUAAAAUUCCAUUUGUCAGUUUUAUGACUGGUACCAUUGUAAAGCAACGUUACAGCCACUUUGAUUGUUCAUAAUGUACUAAUGUUGUGGUUAUGGUAGGAUAAAAUGGCUAGUCUCUGCCUGAGAGAUUGUGACCUGCUGCUGAAAAGCUAUAAGCUUUGUGGGGCUAGGAGGCUUGACUUUUUUGAGGCCGAUUUCUAGACAAAUGUCAUAUCUUUAUUUUGAGAGAUGCAAAAGACAAGACGGCUGGGAGUAGUAUGGUUCUUUUCCUGUUUCUGGCUUCCUGUACAUACUUGUGGAGCAUAACUUUCCAAGCUCUGAGCUAUGUGGAUUACAGGUGGUGGCAACCCCUUUUAACCCUGCCAUAGUAGAUAAACUGAGUGUAGGCAUUCACAUGGUUGCAGAAAACCCAAAUGGUCAUAGCAGUGGCUCCAUCUGAGGUGUAUUUCCUUGAGAUUGUCAUGUGUUUUGAGAAGUGGGAGAAGACCUGAUAAUGCAUUUUUUAAGUGGGUGUGUAGGUCUUUUCUUUAUUUGGGUAAGAUAAUUUAUGUUGGGGAGACCUUUUUAUCUAUUUAUUUUUAUUUUUUGGGGGGGGGGUUCUUGAUGUUCCUUUGCAUUUUGUACAGCUACAUUUUAGACUUCCAUUUGCAAAGUUAUGUUGCUUCUUGUUAUAUAAAAAGACAGUGUUUUUAACUUGCAGUGGUUAUGUUAAUGACAGAAAAUGGUGUAGUGUUCUGCAACUUAAUGUUUUUGAGAAUGUUAAUCACAUGAGGUUUGUUUGGAGAAUUCAUUUAGCGGAGCAAAUUACCUGUUGUAUGGUGAAUUGUAAGGAAGUAAACAACAUUUUUACUUUUGUUUUAUGACCCCAUUUGAAAACAAUAGCUUGUCUGAAAGGUUGUUGGUGAUUGUCCCAGUCUAAGCAUUACACAUUAUUCGGCAGCAUUCGCUGAUCAAAGUUAACCAGAAAGAGUGAAUGUGUGGCAUUGGUCACUGUGUAUUUUGUCUACUGCAAGUGCAUUAUUCUGAUGGGGUUGUCUGUACAAUGUCCUUCUUAACUUGUUGCAGUUUUGUAGUCGCUUAUGUCAUUCUGCAUUUUAUUCUUUUCUCGGUGAAGUCAUGUGAUGGUUAUGUAACUCGUCACAUUUAGGUAGACAAUCAACCUAAGUUGGAAAGAGCAGACCAUUAGCUUUUAGUGUCAUUAUUACACUACUUUGUGUUGAUAUUGGGUAAAUAAUUCAAACAUUUUGCAAUUUAGUUUUCUUAUGUUUCCUUAACUAACAAAUGACUAGACCUCGUUUACAAGCACAGAUUUGUCACAGGCAGUCCAGAACUGCUUUGUUGCUUAAACCUGGCUGCAGUGUACAAAAACUGGUCCAGUAUUUUAGUUGCUGCUGAACUACAGUUGUUCAGGUCUGCUUUUUACAGUAAUGCAUUAAUUUCACUAUUGGUGCUUAACUUUAUAUAUUGUUUUUUACUAGUAUUUAUUGCUGUUUGAGUGGCAAGAUGUAUGAAAAACCAUCAUACCAAAAAUACCCUUCUACAAUGAAUUUAAAAGGGCAGCAUGUUGUUUUUGUAGUAAAACAUUAAACUAAUUUUAAAAUAGUGGCAUUCUGGGGUAAGUCUAGACACCAGGUAUACAUCGUGUGUUUUGACCAGGUUACGGCACUGUUUUGGUAAAAAGAUCACAAACUUAGUGGCAUAUCUCAAGACACUCAGGGUGACCAUUAACCUGUAAGUAUACUGUUAUUAAAAGUCACUGUGAUUUCAGAGCACAUGUUAGUUGUUUUAACAUGAUACGUUUACAUAAAAUGAGUAUUAUUUGCAGCUAACACAUCCUGUGUUUUUUUGAUGAUUAAAGCACUAGUUGCACCUAUAUUAUCAUGUAACAGGAUAACAUUUGUUUUUCAGUCUUCAUGGCUUGUCUUUUCAUGUGCUCUUGGAACUAAUAGAUUCUACAGGAUUGAAGAAAACUAUUGCAUAGUCUUACAUUGUGAAUAGCACUAGAGUAUUAUUUAAAUUUUUUUGUGCCCUUAUAUGAGUGAUACUAUCUGUUUGCAACAGUAAAACGAAUCAACAAAAUACAGGUUUGACUCUGUGGUACUGGUCAUACUUUUGGCACUGUUUCAGUGAAUAAGCAUAGAAUAUGUCUGAAGUAAAGAUGCUGUUAUUAAUAAAGUGUUACGGCUGUGCAAAGCUGUA